GGCAUGUUAAGAAAAGGCUCCUUGGGUCUCCUGCUGCUGACCGUCUUUGGUGAAUUUUCCUUGUAGAGGUUUCCUGCUUUCUACUGCCGGUACCCUCGUGCCUUGUUUAACUUUGCUUUCUCAUCAGCUGAGAGGCGGGUGCGGGGCUUGCCUAUUGGCGUUAGUGCCUCAUCUUACCUACUUCCCGGGCGGGGCGUUCUUUCUGUUUGUUGCAGCCUUCCUCUUUUUCCCGCAUGUCAGCUGGGCAGCGGUGUUUGACCCGCUGCCUCGGCUUGCCGGCUGGCUCUGGCGCUGCGGCGCUGAGCCUGCACGUGGCUGCUUCCUGGAGUUCUCCCUCAUCGCCUUCCUUUUGUUGGGCCCCCUUUUCCCGCGCGUCAGCUGUGCAGCGGUUGCAGUGUUGCUUGCUAGCUCUACUGCUGCUGCGCUGAGCCUGCAUGUGGCUUUCUAUAGGACUUCUCACACUUUGCCUUCUGUUGUUGGCCCCUUUCCAUUUAUCAGCUCUUCCUGGAGCUGGCUGUUUGCAGGUGCGUUCCAGCACCAAUCCCACCCCAUUUAUUUCAGGGGCCUUCCUUGCACCCUAUUGGGGCCUUGCUAGAGUGGGUUUUAAGCAAGUGCUUUGCACAAGCAACCCCCCUUUGUGGAUGGUAACCUUCAUUAACCCCCCCUCCAUUCAGCCUGCUACAUAAUUCUUCCACCCCUUUUUGGAUUGUGGGGAGUUGGGUUGUUUACCCCUCCCCUUAGCCCCCUCCCUUAUUCCUUUUGCCUCUUUCAUGGGGGAGGUGUGAGUUGCUCACAAGGGUGGGGGGUGUCUGCUUGUUUUGUCUUAUUAAUUAAUUAUAUAUAAUAUUAUUUUAUUAUUAAAUAUAUAAAUAAAUAGAUACGUACAGGAAUUAAUUUUCAGAUAUUUCUAGAUAUAUAAUAUCAUUUUAUUAUUAUUAAAUAAAUAAAUACAUGAAUUCAUUUUAAUAUUUAUAGAUAUGUAUUUAGAUUCCCCCCGUUCCUUUUGCUUUUUUCGCGUAGGAGGGGUGAGUAGCUUGGAAGGGGGGGGUGUCUGCUUGUUUUGAUUUCUUAAAUUCUUUAUUAUAUAUGGAAUGAUUUUAUCAUUAUUAUAUGAAUAAAUACUUUGAUAAUAUAUAAAUUAAUUUUAAAAUCUUUAUAGAUAUAUGCAUAAUCAUAUAUAGAUAUAUGAAGCUUAUUCUGGCGGGUAGCAUUGCGGAUGUAGGUUUUAGAUUGAUCUUCGUUGUUGCUUAUCCCCAUAUCAUUUAUUUUAUAUACUUAGUUCUGUUUGUAUUCCUGCAUGCAUGUUUUGUAUUUUAAAAUGAUGUUCUCGAUCAUGUAGCUUCAUAAUUUGUUGCAUUUCUUAUGCAUGGAGGAAAAGUAUAGAUGCUUCUACAAUAGCGUCUCUAAAGGGCAAUAGUUUAUUUUAAGGUGAGUAUAGAAAAAUCCCACAUCUCAUAUUUCUUUUGCGUUUUUUUUUAAAAAUAUGUGAAUAGGUGUGAUUCCGAGAAAGGUAAUCUAUGCUAUGUAAGCUUAUAGGAAAUGCUCUGCAGCCAGGUGAACUCAUUGUUGUGGCGUUCUGAGCCAAGCAGAAAGGAAAUGCCCUACAGCCAGAUACAGGUACCCUCUUCAAUUGCAUCUAUUUCAUGGCAGUCUCGUGUACACUGGGCGCUGCUACCAAUUUUCUUCAGCGGCCGUUCUUUCUUCAAAGAACAGAGGACUUCCUCCUGUAGCCUGAACUGCAGAUCAAGUGUAGCAUCAGAUUUCGAAACAAGAAAGGAACACAUCAAAGUGGGAACAUGCACAGAUAGACUUCUUAAGUGCAGGGGAUUUCCUGUUGGCCUUUUACACAUAACAAAAACUGUUCAGCAUCUUCUGGCUGAUACUGUGGGCAGAAUACACCAGGCCGUGUCCGUUCCUCAACUGACAUUCUUUCCAUGGUUUUCUACACCGACAGUGCAACAGCAAAAGAAGGAUUCUCUGCAAACUACAUUGUCUUGCAAAACAGUGUAUCAUAAGAUAAACGUCAUAAAAUUGGCUGUUGAGGUCUUGGGUGCCUUUCUGCGAGACACAAAGUGCUAUUUCCCCCCUCAUGUGACUAGAUGCAUCUCUUCUCCCUGGCUUUUGAUGCUUGAGAUGUGCAUAUAUUUUUUUUGGAUCAGCUGUAGUUGUAAGCGUAAUUUGUUUUAAACUGUUUUUAAUAAUGCACUUUAUAUUGUUGUGACUUGCCCUGGGACCUAGUAAUACUUGAACUCGGGGACAUCCAAUUAAACUGAAUAUUGGAAGAUUCAGGACAGACAAAAGAAAGUACUUCUUCAGACUGCAUAAUUAAAUUAUGGAAUUCACUCCCAUAGAAGGCAGUGAUGGCCAUACUGGUCACAAUGGCUUUGUUCUGCCUCCACAGUUGGUAUCAGUAUGCCUUUGAAUAUCAGUUGCUGGGAAUCGGGGGGGGGAGUGCUUUUGCACUCAGGUUCUGCUUGCAGCGGGUUCCCCUCUGGUUGGCCAUGGUGAGAACUGCUGGACUAGAUGCGACGUUGGCCUUAUCCGGCAGGGCUCUUCUUAUAUCCUUAUAUGUGCAAAUGAACUAUCAUUGGAAUUGGUAUAAGUACAUUUUCUUGUAUGGAUACGCAGCUAUUCUACACAGAAACAUAGAAAGCUGCCUCAUCCCAAGUCAGACCACUAGUCCAUCUAGUUCAGUAUUGCCCAUAUUGACUGAUAACAGCUCUCCAGGGCUUAAGACAGAGAACAUUCCCUGUUCUAAAUCAGAUGUUCUACCACAGAGCUAUGGCCCUUUCCCGAGCUUUCCAGAAUCAGAUCAGUGACAGGCAGCAUAUAUAGCUGUAUAGAGUAUUUUCAUCUGUCUAGUCUACCUUAAAUGCAUUUCAUUACAAGGAGAAAUUAUAUCAGAUGCAUAGAAUCAUAGAUCAUAGAAUACGGCCUAUAAGGUCAAUGCAGGAAUCCAAAUCAAAGCAUUCCUGACAGAUGGCUGUCCAGGUGCCUCUUGAAUGCCUCCAGUGUAGUGGAGACUACUACCUCUCUAGGUAAUUGGUUCCAUUGUCGUAUGGCUCUAACAGGAAGUUUUUCCUCAUGUUCAGUCAAAAUCUGGCUUCUUGCAACUUGAGCCCAUUAUUCCGUGCACUCUGGGACGAUUGAGAAGAGAUCCCGGUCCUCAUCUGUGUGACCUUUCAUGUACUUGAAGAGUGCUAUCGUAUCUCCCCUCAGACUUCUCUUCUCCAGGCUAAACAUGCCCAGUUCUUUCAGUCUCUCCUCACAGGGCUUUGUUUCCAGUCCCCUGAUUUAUUUAUUUAAAAUAUUUCUAUCCCGCCCUUCUACCCUAUAAUAGGGCAGUCAGGGCAGCUUACAAAAAUAAAAU